AUGGCGGGCCUACGCUCCGACCUGACCAUGCUGGAGCAGAGGGUGGAGGAGGAGAAGGCGGCGGCCCAAGACAGCGAGCAGCAGCACAGGGCAACAGAGGUAGCUGUGACAAGACAGGGCAACAUGCUGAUUACCCUCUGCAGGCAAGUGGAGGAUUUAGAAAACAGAAGCUGACGUAACAAUAUCCGCAUACGAGGCCUGCCUGAAGGGGACGCAGAUCCUAUACAGACCACUGAAUUAUUUAAGCAGAUUUUAGGAGCAGAAGCACCUGAGGACAUCAGGCUUGAACGCGCGCACCGAGCACUGGGGCCGCCGAGACAAGACGGCAGCCCCAGGAAUGUGAUUUGCUGUUUCCACCUCUUCAGCCUAAGGGAAAAAAUCAUGGCCGCCGCAAGAGGGACGCCCUCCAUCCAGUUCUGUGGCACAGAGGUGACUCUAUUUCAGGACCUCUCUAGCUUGACACUCGACGCUAGACGAGCAUUACGCCCUGUAACCAGCGCCCUGAGAGAGCGGAGGAUCCCAUACCGCUGGGGAUUUCCGUUCAGCAUACAUGGUAAUUCAUGGGUGACAGCACGCUGGCCCAAAGAGAUACCCGGGCUACUGAGAACCCUCAACCUACCAUCAAUCCGGGUCCGGAAUUGGAUCCUAGAAGAGGUGAUUGCUACGAGAAGGGACCCCUUGGCCCCACUGCGAGGCACUGACACCCCAGCCAGAAGGAGUGCACCGCCACGCAGGCGAGGAGGGCCGGAUGGCCCGGAAGAAUAG